AUGGCGGGGUCGGGCUGGGGAGGAUUCAGCUCUGACGCAGCGCCCCCUGGAGGACCCCACGGGCACUGCGCCGCGGUCCCUCCAGUGUUUGCCAGCCGCAAGCCCCCAGCCUUCCCCGGUCCUUCGGGAUCUGGACGCUUGAGCAGAGCGCUGUUUCUGCUAACGCCCCUCCUUUGGGCCCGGCCCGCGUUUUCUGGCCACCUGCGUCCCCUGGACAUCCUGGCAGAGGUGGUCCCUGUGAAUGGCGCCGUGGGCAAAAUCAAGAUGACACAGGCGCAGGGCGUGCGGGGCCUGCAGCUCUCGGCUGCCGCGCCCCGCACAGUGAGUUUCCCUGCCUCGAGGAUUUUCUCCAGAUGCGACCUCUUUCCCGAGGAGUUUUCCAUCGUCGUGACCUUGAAGGUUCCCAGCCUUCCACCCAAGAAGAACGAGUACCUGCUGGCGGUGGUGGCGGAGGACAGGGACGCGCUGCUGCUGGGCCUGCGCUACUCACCCACCCGGCUACACUUCCUGUUCCUCCACGAGGACGCGGCCGGCGCCUGGCAGACGCGCGUGUCCUUCCGCAGCCCCGGCCUCAUGGACAGCCAGUGGCACACCCUGGUGCUGGCGGUGUCUGAAGGCUCCUUCUCCCUCACCACGGACUGCGGCCUCCCGGUGGACAUAAUGGCUGACGUGCCCUUCCCGGCCACCUUGUCCGUGAGAGGGGCGCGGUUCUUCAUCGGCAGCCGGAGGAGAGCAAAGGGGCUGUUCACGGGCCUGGUGAGGCAGCUGGCCCUGCUGCCAGGCUCAGAUGCCACCCCGAAGCUGUGCCCCAGCAAGAACCCCCAGCUGGCUGAGCUGUCCAUCCCACAGGCGCUCCGGGGGAAGCCGGACGAUAAUGAGGUGCUGAAAUAUCCCUACGAAGCUGACCUGAAGGUGACCCUGGGGUCCCGGCCACCCUGCACCAAGGCAGAAGACGCCCAGUUCUGGUUUGACGCCGCCCAGAGGGGACUGUACCUGUGCGUGGGCAGCAAGUGGGUCUCAGUGCUGGCAGCCAAAGUCAAGCUAGACUACGUGGAGGAGCACCAGAGCCUGUUCACGAACUCAGAGACGCUGGGCCUCGAGGUGUUCGGCAUCCCCAAGGUGGGGCUCUUCGUGGCCACGGCCAACCGGAAGGCCACGUCCGCCAUCUACAAGUGGACGGAUGGGAAGUUCGUCUCCUAUCAGAACAUCGCCACACACCAGGCGCAGUCCUGGCGACACUUCACCAUCGGGAAAAAGAUCUUCCUGGCUGUGGCAAACUUUGGACCAAAUGAAAAAGGGCAGGAGUUCUCAGUCAUUUACAAGUGGAGCCACAGAAAGCUGAAGUUCACGCCCUACCAGAGGAUUGCCACCCACAGCGCCCGGGACUGGGAGGCCUUCAAGGUGGAUGGGGAGCACUUCCUGGCAGUGGCCAACCACCGGGAAGGUGACAACCACAACAUCGACAGUGUCAUCUACAAGUGGAACCCCAGCACCCGGCGCUUCGAACCCCACCAGAGCAUCGCCACAUCGGGCGCCUACGACUGGGAGUUCUUCACAGUGGGGCCCUACUCCUUCCUGGUGGUGGCCAACACCUUCAACGGCACCUCCACCAGGGUGCACUCCCACCUGUACAUCUGGCUGGUCGGCUCCUUCCGGCUCUUCCAGUCCUUCCUGACGUUUGGUGCCGCAGACUGGGAGGUCUUCCGCAUCGGGGACAGGAUCUUCCUGGCCGUCGCCAACAGUCACAGCUACGAUGUGGAAAUGCAGCUGCAAAACGAUUCCUACGUCAUCAACUCGGUCAUCUACGAGCUCAACGUCACGGCGCAGGCCUUUGUCAAGUUUCAGGACAUCCCCACCUGCAGUGCCCUGGACUGGGAGUUCUUCUCGGUGGGAGAGGACUACUUCCUGGUGGUGGCCAACUCCUUCGACGGAAGCUCCUUCUCAGUGAACAGUAUUAUCUACAGGUGGCAGGGCUACGAGGGCUUCGUGGCGGCUCACCGCCUCCCCACCUUCGGCUGCAGGGACUGGGAGGCCUUCAGCACGGCAGCCGGCUCCUACCUCAUGUACUCCAGUGCCAAGGAGCCCCUCUCCAGGGUGCUGCGGCUGCGCACGGGCUGAGGGGCCCAGGGCGGCCCACCACGGGCCUGGCACGGGCGAGGACAUCUGCCCGCUGCUGGUGGCUGCGUUGGGGGGCGCCCUGGUAGCCUCAGCGCCCGGCCUGUGCCAGCGGGGAAGCCGUCUCAAAGGACCGGUUUCCCUCACAUUUUACCUCAGACACCACGGGGCCCUGGCACAUCCUGGGCAUCAGCCCCGUGACAUCGCCCUGUCCUGCUUCGCAGACGCUGCCCUGCCAGCCACCUAUUUAUUGUCUCCCAUCUACGUGGAAAUAUAUUUAUACUGCGCUCUGCA